UUUGAACUUUUUUAAUAAAACUGCAAACUGAAACUUUAGAAGCUUUGUUUUGCUAAAUAUUCAUUAAUGAAGUUCCAAGCAAAUAAAUGUAUUUAUUGUACCAGUUGCUAAAGACUGUGAUGAUUACAUAAACAAUGAAACUUUUCAUAUGAAAUGUUUAUUUUUGAUUCAAAUUUCCAAUACAAGUUCUUGCAAUAAGAGCCACGAAAGUAUUUGUAACCUGAAGAUGCUAACAUCUGCAAUUUGCAGAGUUACUUGAGAUAAAGUUUUUAUAAAUACUACUAUGUAAGAAGACAACAAAAAGCAGCUGGCAAAACUGCAUACUCAUGGCUGUGGAUAUAUAUUCGAUUAAAGCAGAAACUACACAAAAAACACCAAAACAUAUUUUGAAAUUAAGCGUGAACGAAAAACGUGAAUUCUUGAAUUCAUUUGAUCGCAUCUUCUCCGAUGUAGAUGGCGUAGUUUGGACGGUUAACGAAUGCAUUCCUCGUGCUGCGGAAGGGUUCAAAGCACUCUCGGAUGCCGGUAAAAAAUACAGUUUUGUAACCAAUAACGGCGUAAGGUCUGAGAGUGAAUAUGCGCAACGCUUCAAAGAGAUUGGCAUCGAAUUUAAUGCGAAUGAAUUCGUGUACCCCGCCAAGAGCGUCGUGCAAUAUCUCGAUAGUAUUAACUUCAAGGGGCUCAUCUAUGUUAUGGCAACCGAUAAUUUCAAGAAGAGUCUACGCGAGGCGGGCUAUGAAUACAUUUUUGGUCCACUGAAGAUCAUUAAGGAAACUUACAGCGACUUAGCCAACCAUAUCUUUAGCAACGAGCCGGUGCGCGCUGUCAUACUAGAUGUCGACUUCAAUAUGUCCUCGCUGAAUCUCAUACGUGCACAUCUCUUUCUGCGUCAUCCGGAUUGCAUAUUGAUUUUGGGCGCCAGUGACAAAUUGUUGCCGUUCGCCAAAGGCGUGGAUAUCAUUGGUCCGAGUUCGUUUGCUAAAAUCAUCGCCGAGUCCAGUAAAAAGCGUCUCAUUACGUUGGGCAAGCCGGGUAAGGAUUUGGCAGAGUUGCUCGUGAAGAAUUUUCGCAUAAAAGACCGGAAGCGCGUGCUUAUGAUUGGCGAUAUGUUGGAGCAGGAUAUUGGUUUUGGCACGCAGUGUGGCUUUCAGACGCUGCUCAUGCUGAGCGGUGGUUGUAAUUUGGAGAAAAUGCUAGCGGAAACAAAUACCGUUAAUAUACCGGACUACUAUGCGGAUAGUAUGGGUGAUUUCAUUGAGUUGUUGAAGGAUUUGAAAAAGGCGGAAGUGUGAGAAUUGUUUUGACAUGCACAUUAGAGUGGUGCUUAAAGACAUUAUUUUAUAAUCAUUUCCUGUCUCAAUCGCUUAAUUCAUGUUAUUAAUUUGAAAAUCGAAGAAAACUUAAAUUUUAGCGAAUUUUAAAAUAAAAAAAAUAUUUUUUUCUAAUUUA